AACAUGGAAAAAGGAUGCAAUUUGAGGAGCACGGAGAAGAGAAAUGGAGUUGAAGUAAACGAGGGGGUGUAUUUGAGGAAGUCAAUUGGUUAUUUUGUUGGGGUUAAUUUUAUAGUAGGUGUAAUUGUAGGCUCAGGGAUAUUUAUUUCUCCUGCUGGGCUACUGGAGUAUUCACGCCUCAAUGUUGGAGUGGCACUCUCGAUAUGGGCAGCUUCUGGAGUUCUUUCCAUGCUUGGAGCCCUCUGUUAUGCAGAACUGGGGACUGCACUUCCUUCGUCAGGUGGAGAAUACUAUUAUGUUAAUAGAGGACUUGGACCAAUUCCUGCUUUUUUACUAUUGUGGAUUCAAGUAGUAUGUGCCUUGCCUAUGGGGUCAUCUAUUAAAGCUCUGACAUUUGCAGAAUAUGCCGUUCAGCCUUUCUAUUCCGGAUGUCCUGCUCCAGUAUUGGUGAAGAAAGGAGUUGCUAUUGCCGUUAUCUUAACCAUUUCAUGUGUUAACUGUCUUAGUGUGACAGGGGGAUUGUGGGUGCAGAAAAUAUGCACGUUCCUAAAAAUGGUAGCUUUAGGUAUAAUUUCAGUUGGUGGGCUGGUGCUGCUUGCCAAAGGUAGAACAGAGAACCUGGAAAAUGCAUUCAGUGGAGAGAUUCCCAAUGUGUCACAGAUUGGACAAGCCUUCUAUCAAGGACUGUGGGCAUUUUCAGGCUGGAAUACUUUGAAUUAUCUUGAAGAGGAGGUGAAAACCCCCAGUAAAACUAUCCCUCGAUGUAUUAUAACAGCUGUGCCUUGUGUCAUUGUGUUCUACCUGUUGGUUAAUGUCUCCUACCUUACUGUCAUGACACCAAAAGACAUGGUCUCUUCAGCUGCUGUAGCCAUCACAUGGGCAGACAGAACCAUUGGUCAUUUCUCUUGGAUAAUUCCUGUGUCUGUUGCCAUUUCUACAUUUGGCUCCCUGAAUGGUUCCACGUUUGUCCAGAGCAGACUGAACUAUGCUGCAAGUAGAGAAAGACAUUUGCCAUCUGUUUUGUCCAUGCUACAUGUUAAAUAUCUAACACCAGCUCCAGCAAUAAUACUCUCUGCAACUCUUUCAAUAGUUUUUGUCAUUCCCUCUGAUAUUCUGAUGCUAACGAACUACAGUAGUUUUGCCAGGUGGCUCAUGGUUGGACUUACCUGCAUUAGUCUAAUAGUACUUAGAUACCGUGAGCCCAACCUUCAUAGACCAUACAAGGUAUUUUUACCAUUCGCAUUUGUGAUGGCGGCUGCUUCCUUCUUCCUAGUACUUUCCCCUAUCAUACAAGAACCAGAAGUGGAAUACGUCUACGCCUUGAUGUUAAUGUUGGGAGGCCUUAUCUUCUACAUUCCAUUUGUACAUUUCAAAUUACAUUUCAAAAUCUUUGACAAAAUUACAUGCUUUUUACAGCUACUUAUGGAAGUAUCACCCCCAACUGAGUACAGUGAGAUUAAAUGCCAAUAAAUACAUUAGUGACACUAACACAAAUAAUGUAAAAACACUGUGUUUGAAUCAAUUAAUAUGUAAUGAUUCAUGUGUUUGAAUCAAUUAAUAUGUAAUGAUUCAUGUGUUCGAUUCAAUUAAUAUGUAAUGAUUCAUACUUACACAUAUUUAAUUGUGGAUUGAUAAAUACAUGAAUGACACUAACACAAAUAAUGUAAAAACACCUUGUUCGAAUCAAUCAAUAUAUUUCAUGAUUCAUACUUGCACAUUUGUAAUUGUGGAUUGGUAAAUUGCAAUAUAAUAGAAUAUAUGGAACGUGUAUGGCACUUUACCUCUGUUAGCUUGUGUAUGUAAUUGGGUGAAUAAAAUACUGUACUGUGACUGUAUGUGUAACUACAUAUUUUGUUUUUUAAAACAGCAAGGCCCUCUCGCUCCACCAGUAUGUGACACAGAAAGGAAUAAGCCACAAAGUGGUGUUUUGCCGCAAUGUGUAACAAUAUGGGAGGGUUUAUGGAGAGGGUGAAUUAAAUAGGAAGCACCAGGGAAGUAGAGGGAAAGUAAGGCAAACUGGAUUCACUGGUACGAGGAGCAAUGAUAUGUGUCACCAGUUUCAUAGUCACAAUUGCAUAAUGUCUCAUUCAAACUGUAUUGAAUUUUCUAAGUGCCUGAAUUAAGCACAGUUUUCCAAUUGCUAUAUUCAACCAAACCCAAUUUACCACAUAAUAGGACUUUUGUUCCGUCCCUUCCUUAGCACCAAAGUGCACAAUUUGGUGGGCAUCUGGAUUUGUACUGGCCAGCCAGCUGUGCCCCAGAGUAAGUGACAAAAAGGUUUUGCAAGCUUUAUAUUGAUAUUUUUUUUCUUUUAACAGUUUAAGGAUAUCAACUUAUGUACUUUUGAAUGUUACAAUGUUGUUGCCACCAAAGUUGCACAUCAUUCUGCUACCAUACAUACAAUACAUGGAUAGAUGUAUAGCUGACAUACCGGAUUUGCUGAUCACAGUGAGUGAAAGCCGUGUUGGGAUAGUGCUAUGUAGGGAUAGAAUGAGUUCAAUACUUGAGGUAAAAAUAGUCGCCAUAAAUAAUGUAUUUGAUGAAUGUACUGUUUAUAAUACUUUGCUGUCUGUGCUCUAUAUUUUGAAACUCCUUGGAAUUUUGAAAAAUGAUUUUUUUAAUGUUCAAAAAUUAAAUUUGUACUGUAUUUGAAUGUGUUAACCGCAGCUGCACGUAUGUCAAUCUGAA